AUGUCCACGCUCCCUAAAGAAGUCGACGUCCUGGUCGUCGGUAGCGGCAACGCAGGUUUCGCAUCUGCCAUCGCCGCCGCCGAAGCCGGCGCAGGACACGUCUUGCUGAUCGACAAGUGCCCCAAGGAUUGGGUCGGCGGAAACUCGUACUUUACGGCCGGCGCAUAUCGCAUAGCUCAUGCUGGGCUUGGUGAUCUGUUGCCGAUCGUCAACAACGUUAGUCGAGAGCAGGCCCAGAGGAUCGACCUGGCGCCGUACUCUGAGGGGGACUUUCAGAAAGAUCUGGACAAGAUCUGCAUCGGACGGUCUGAUCCCGAACUUGCCAAGACGCUCGUUACCGAGUCCAACUCGGCUAUCAAGUGGUUGGCAUCCAAUGGUGUUCGGUUCCAGCUCUCUUUCAACAGACAAGCCUACGAGGUUGAUGGGAGGAUAAAGUUCUGGGGCGGCCUUCAUAUCAAGACCCAGGACGGCGGCAAGGGCCUAAUUGCCGAUUAUCUUGCCGCAGCUGAGAGACACUCGGUUCAGGUUUCCUGGUCCACAAUGCUCAGUGGAAUCCAAACCGACCCUGUUGACGGCGCCUGGAUUGUGACGGUCAAGGUUGACGGCAUCGAUCAUACUCUGGCGGCCCGAGCCAUCAUCUUGGCCGCCGGUGGAUUUGAAUCCAAUGCGCAGAAGAGAAGCCAGUUCCUCGGCCCGGGCUGGGAUUUGGCCAUGGUUCGUGGAACGCCUUACAACACUGGAGAGGUCCUGGAUCUUGCUAUUCAGCAACUAGGUGCUCAGCCCGUGGGAAAUUGGUCAGGUUGUCACUCUGUGGCAUGGGAUGCUAAUGCCAACCCCAACAUUGGCGACCGUGAAGCAUCAAACGAGUAUACCAAGUCCGGAUAUCCUCUUGGUCUGAUGCUCAAUGUGGACGGUCAACGCUUUGUCGACGAAGGCGUGGACAUGAGGAAUUACACCUACGCCAAGUUCGGUCGAGCAAUUCUGCAACAGCCCGAGCAACUCGCGUUCCAAGUCUGGGACGCUCAGACUACGCCCUGGCUUCGAUCUGAAGAGUACCGCGAGGAGCGCGUUGAGCACCUCAAGGCGGACUCACUGGAGCAGCUUGCGGAUACGUGUAUGUCCCGCGGUCUCCGAGAUAGAGACGCUUUCCUACGCACCAUUCGCGAGUACAACGAGGCUGUAUAUGCUCAUAGACAAGAGGCCCCGUCAGCUAAAUGGGACCCUGCCAUCAAGGACGGUCUAUCGACACAAUCCUCCAAGAAACAACUGGCCCUCCCCAAGUCGAACUGGGCCCUGCCACUAGAAAAGGGCCCUUAUCUCGCAGUUAAGGUUACCUGCGGUAUUACUUUCACCUUUGGUGGUCUCAAGGUUGACCCUCAGACAGCCCAACUGAUCCGCGCGUCAACCGACCGACUGAUACCGGGAGUGUUCUGUGUUGGAGAGAUGAUGGGAGGAUUAUUCUAUUCCAACUACCCCGGCGGAAGCGGCUUAACUUCUGGCGCUGUCUUUGGUAGGAAGGCUGGCAGGGCGGCGGCUCAAGUCGCCAAGGGUCGUACGGGUCUCCUCGGACAUUAG